AUCACUCUGCUCUUCGUCGAGUAACAUCGUUCGGAUAUUCCUCACUUCGUCUGUUUAUCGAUCGAUUGAUUUCGUAUUAACGAUCUGAUCAAAUUCAUCAGUAUUUUUCAACGAAGAAAUUUCACUCAGAUAUUUCUUGGAUACGAAUACGCAGCAGAAGAAUUAUUUUACAUUUUUCAAAGUUCGUCAAAGUUCUUUGCUGUAUAUUUUUUAAGUGUGACAAGUAUUUACAAUAUUCGCUUUGGAGUCGUGGACAUUACAACGUAGCAGGCGGAUUAAUCUUGUAAGAAGAAAUCUUUCGGUAAGAAGCAGGAUAAAUAAUGAGCAUCGAAAGCUUUUUGACGAAUAGUUUAAUUUCGGCAUCCAGCAGCGGACUUUCAUUGCUUUUUCCGAUUCUUGCUACGGCACUUGCCUAUUUUCAUUACGAAGCUCUGGAUAAUGAAGCGUCACCGAUCGACCUGCCAUCAGAGAUGCUCUUGCCCUCAUAUGAUUUUAUUGUAAUAGGCGGCGGUAGUGCAGGAGCCGUAGUUGCCAGCCGUCUAAGCGAAAUCGAGGAUUGGAACGUAUUAUUGCUCGAAGCAGGCGGUGACGAAAAUGAAAUCUCGGAUGUGCCAAUUUUUGCAGGUUAUUUACAAUUAAGUCAGUUGGAUUGGCAAUAUAAGACAGAGCCACAAGGCGACGCCUGCUUAGCGAUGGAGAACGGCCGUUGCAAUUGGCCUCGAGGCAAGGUAUUAGGGGGUUCGAGCGUGCUAAACUAUAUGCUGUAUUUAAGAGGCAAUAAACGUGAUUAUGAUAUUUGGGAGCAGCAAGGUAAUCCAGGCUGGGGUUCACGUGAUGUCCUGCACUAUUUCAAAAAGUCCGAGGAUAAUCAGAAUCCAUACUUAGUACGCACGCCAUAUCAUGCCAAUGGCGGAUUAUUGACCGUUCAGGAAGCACCGUGGCAUACACCCCUAGCGGCGGCAUUUGUCCAGGCUGGUCAACAAAUGGGCUACGAAAAUCGCGAUAUUAACGGCGAGUUUCAAAGCGGCUUUAUGAUUGCUCAGGGCACUAUUAGGCGCGGUAGUCGUUGUUCAAGUGCAAAGGCCUUUCUCAGACCGGCAAGACUCAGGAAAAAUCUACACAUAGCAAUGCAUGCGCACGUAACCAAGGUGCUAAUAGAUCCUAAAACAAAACACACUCAAGGAGUAGAGUUUAUCAGGGAGUUUCAGAGCAAAGUCUUUCGUACGCGUGCAAAGAAGGAAGUGAUCGUGGCCGGUGGCGCAAUAAACUCUCCGCAACUUCUUAUGCUUUCAGGAAUAGGACCAAAGGACCAUUUGCGAGAACUUGGGAUUCCCGUGAUUCAAGACAGCAAAGUCGGCUAUAAUCUUCAAGACCACGUGGGCUUGGGGGGACUCACUUUCAUGGUUAACAAAGAAAUCUCUAUGGUAGAGAAACGACUGCAUAGUGCCCAAGCGGUGAUGCAGUAUGUUGCGCUAGGUGAUGGACCGCUUACUGUUCUCGGUGGUGUGGAAGGUAUCGCCUUCGUCAACACUAAAUAUGCGAAUGCUUCGCUAGAUUUUCCCGAUAUCGAGCUGCACUUCGUUUCCGGAUCGACUAAUUCAGACAGUGGUACGCAGAUACGAAAAGUACAUGGGUUGACAAAAGAGUUUUACGACGCCGUUUUCGGACCGAUCAAUGACAAAGACACAUGGAGCGUGAUUCCUAUGUUGCUGCGACCAAAGAGUCGCGGCGUAAUAAAGCUGCGCAGUACAAAUCCGUUCGAUUAUCCUCUCAUUUAUGCGAAUUAUUUCAAGGAGCCAGAGGACAUCGCUACAUUGGUCGAGGGAGUAAAGAUCAGCGUAGCUUUGAGCAGGACCAACGCUUUCAGACGAUUCGGAAGCGAAUUGAACUCGCAACAAUUUCCAGGCUGUAAACACAUAGAAAUGUAUACGGAUGCUCAUUGGGAAUGUAUGAUCAGGUAUUACAGUGCAACUAUUUAUCACCCAGUUGGCACAUGUAAAAUGGGACCUUAUUGGGAUCCCGAAGCUGUCGUUGAUCCACAGCUCAGAGUCUACGGUGUGACUGGACUUCGCGUGAUCGAUGCCUCGAUCAUGCCGAACCUCGUUAGCGGUAAUACAAAUGCUCCCACCAUUAUGAUUGCGGAAAAGGGCGCGGACAUGAUCAAAGAAUAUUGGUUGAAGUGGAAGAGCAGGUUUGAUGAAGCACCUAGUGAACACAUACUAUUGGUCAUGUCUCUAGCUUCGACGCUUUUCUUCAUCAUGUUGGGAUAUUUUAUUGUUAAUAUGCGUCCAGACAUUGCGGACAAAGAGAAUCGUCCACAAACGAUCCUAAUGGAAAAACUGUUGGCUCAAUACGAUUACGUGAUAAUCGGCGGAGGAUCAGCAGGUGCUGUAUUGGCUAAUCGAUUGUCGGAGGACAAAAAUCGCACUGUGCUUCUGCUUGAAGCCGGCGUCGACGAAGUGCCUUGGUCCGAUUUGCCCUGGUCUUUUUCUUCUCUGCAGCAUACGUAUAUGGAUUGGGAUUUCGAAACAAAGUCGUCGCCAAAUUAUUGUUUGGCAAUGCAUAAUCAUCGAUGCAAGUGGCCACGUGGCAAGGUAUUAGGUGGUACCAGCGUGUUAAAUGCGAUGAUUUACAUUCGUGGUAAUCAAAGGGACUACGAUUCCUGGGAGACUCUCGGUAACGUGGGAUGGGAUUACAAGAGCAUUCUACCGUUUUUUAAGAAGUCCGAAGAUAUCAGAAUUAAGGAACUCAUCGACUCGCCUUAUCACGGAAAAAACGGAUACUUGACAGUGGAACAUUUUAAGUAUAUUCCACCAAUGGCCAAUUAUAUCAUUCACUCCGGUGAAGAGUUGGGAUACAAAGUGUGCGAUGUGAAUGGUGCAAAUCAGACUUGUUUCACGCAUACUUUCGCUACUUUGAGGGAUGGUUUGAGAUGUAGCACUGCUAAAGCUUACCUCCGACCCGCCUCAAAAAGGACGAAUUUGCACAUCAGUUUGGGGUCGUUCGUGGAGAAGAUACUAGUUAAAAAAGAUGACACAUCGAAGAGAGUACAUGGAGUGUUGUUUCGCAAAGACGAUAAACAUUUCGUAGCAGGCGCAAAACGCGAAGUAAUUCUAUCCGCUGGUACAAUACAAUCGCCGCAACUAUUGAUGCUGUCAGGAAUCGGGCCGAUGCACCAUCUUGAGGAUAUGAAGAUACCUGUGGUGCAUCAUGCACCCGGUGUAGGCCAAAAUCUUCAAGAUCAUGUGGGAAUGUCCGGAAUAAUCUAUAUUAUCGAUCCUCCACACGGUAUAUCAGAGCAAAACAAAUUCACUAUAAAACUAUCUCAAGUUAGAAAGUUGAAAAGCAUCCAAGAAAUGAUAUUAAACAAAUCUGGUCCGUUGUACACUACAAUAUAUAGUGCCGGAACAGGAUUUAUUAAUACCAAAUAUGCAAACGGGAUUGAUUAUCCGGAUGUACAGUUGAUAUUCUCGGCUUUCUCAGAUUACGGAAUUUUCACAGCUCAUUCAUACGGAAUUGAAUCUAGUACUAUCAGCAGAUUGUAUAAAAAUAUCACAGAAGAUACUCAAGCUUUCGGAGUUUUUCCAAUUCUUUUAAGACCACGCAGUAAAGGUUUCAUCGAGCUCAAAUCAGCAGAUCCAAAUGAAGCUCCCGCUAUUACUCCAAAUUAUUUCGAAGAUCCUCGUGAUCUCCAAGUUCUAGUGGAAGGCGUAAGAUUUAUAGAAAAAAUUAGUAACACUCGUCUCAUGCGGAAGUUAAAUGCCCGGCCAAAUCCAAAACUGAUACCAGGAUGUUCGCAGUUUAAUGGCUCAACGGAUGAGUAUUGGAUGUGCUACGCACGACAUUUUACAUCGACGAUAUUCCAUCCAGUUGGCACCUGCAAAAUGGGUCCUGCCAAUGAUCCCUAUGCCGUCGUUGACGCUAGAUUAAGAGUACACGGAAUCGUGGGAUUGCGAGUAAUUGAUGCGUCGAUUAUGCCAAAUAUAGUUUCAGGGAAUACUAACGCACCGACAAUUAUGAUAGCUGAAAAAGGUGCCAAUAUGAUAAAAGAAGAUUGGUCAUGAUUCGCUAAAGAUUGCGUUUUGCAAGAGAUCGAAAGAAUGAAAAAGUAGCUUUCAUGUUAAUAUACAAUAGUAAAAAAAGACCACUGAUACUGAUAUAUCAUUUUGUUUCGGCUAAGAUUUAAACUUCCCAGCAAACGGAAAUAAA